AUGUUACAAUUAGAUGCUAAACUAUUGAAAGAUUUAAUUAAUCGUAAGGUUAGCUUAGAAGAUAUCGAAGCACAAGAAAAAACUUGUGCUUUGCCAAAAUUAGAUGGUGAUGUUGCCUUUGAAUUGGGUAUGUUCCUAAGGGAUAAUGUUAAGGAAAUGUAUCCUGAUGCUUCAGUUGCAAUUGAUAUUACUUUAGCUAACAACCAUUGUUUAUUCCGUACUAUGAUUAAUAAUGAAACCAGUCCAGUAAAUGACGAUUGGUUGAGAAGAAAGAGAAAUACCUGUGUUAAAUUCCAACAUUCUACCAUGUACAUGGGUACUAAGAAGGCUGAUAAAACACCUGAAGAAAGAUUCUUUAUUAGCUCUAUUGAAUAUGCUUUCCAUGGUGGUGCUGUUCCAAUCUAUUUAACCAACACUUCCUUCCCAGUUGCUUGUUUGACCAUCAGUGGUUUAAGACAAGAAGAAGACCAUUUGUUAGCUGUCGUUGCCAUCAACGAAUUUGCCAAAAGAAUGACUGAAGUUGACUUAAACUUGGAUUGA